AUGCUGGCACGUGGAUCCACGCACAUGUUGACGCUCGUAAACGGCGGAGGGAGGAAGGCGGCUCAGGCAAAGCCUGGAAGAGGGGUCGGGCUGCGAGGUUGUGUCAGAGCGGAGGCUGGGCGCUCCGGUGAUGCUCCAGCGACGGCAUGAGGACUGACGGAUCUGCGGGAUUCUGAUUGUCAGCUUUGUUUGGCAGCUACAUCACACAUAUUUAAGUGAUGCAGUCUCAACGAAGCACCUCCACCCAGCCCUCCUUUGACUCUAUUGGUUCCAGUGACAGCCUCCUGUUCAGUGAUUCGGAACAGGCGGAGGAUGACACAGACGUUUUUUUGACAGACAGCUCUUCCUCUGUCAUCAUCUGUGGCACAAGUGGAGCUACGACCAAAAGAGAUAAUGAAUCCGAGAGCUCCAGGUCCCAAUGGACUUGCGACAGCUUCAUGGAUAAAGAGGAAGAGGAGGAGUCAUGUAAGUCUGAGAGUGUUGGCAAAGCAUCUCACGCUGGCAAGACGGAUACAAUGGGCCAGGCACCAAAAUCACGGGGAGAUCUGCUAUUUGCUCAGAAGUGUGCUGAGCUGCAGGGUUUCGUUAGGCCCCUUCUGGAGCUGCUGAAUGGACUGAAGAAGGGUCGAUUUGACUACGGUUUAAAUAGUUUCCAGCAGAGCGUUGCCAUGGAUCGCAUCCAGAGGAUUGUGGGAGUUUUACAAAGACCUGACAGUGGGGAGAAGUAUCUGAAUACUCUGCUCCAGGUGGAAAUGAUGCUAAAGCUGUGGUUCCCACAAAUCUCCACUCAGCCUGUGUGUGCAGCUUCAACGAUCUCCAUAUCUCCAACUCAUUCCCUCCAAGAAACUUCUGGCUCCACUCCACCACACAAGCACAAGGAUCAGCUACAUAUUCCUGUCAAGAAGCGGAGACUCAGUUGGACUGACACAGAAUCCCCCACACCUUCUCCAAUACUUAGCAAGAGCCCUCGAGCUAGCGCCGAAGAGAGGGGGGUGAAGCAUAAUCAAGAUAUAGGGGAUUUGCCCAUCUCAUCCACACUACUGGUGUCUAAUACCAACCAACGUUUGGCACAUCUGGGAAAUGACAACCAGAUAAAGAGCAAAUUCAAUGAGAGGAGGGAACCUGGCAAGAUCUUGAAUUACAAAGCAGGCCACAGCUCUGAGCCAAGCUUGACCUGGGUGCACGUCACUCCCAUUUUGUCCCCUCGAAAGGCCUGCUUCUCUCACAAUGACACAGCCAAUGCAAGCAGCAACGAAAGGAUCCUUACAAGCAAGAUAAGCAGUCCUGCCAUGCAAGACAGCUUCAUCUCCUCCACCACUCCCUCAAAUCAUACCAACAAUCAGAAGAAGUCGGUCCUGUGCCAAGGCCAGUCUGUGGCUGACAAGCAGAGUGACAGGGAGACAACUCAAAGUCAUCCAGGUCAAAGCCAGUCUCCACUUGUCAUGCUGAAACCUUUGCCAGAGGUAUGUCCUGCCAUUCUAGAGACAUGAUGCGUUGACCACGCAAAGAGCCAGCAGCCCAACUUUUUUUAAAAACACCAAGCUUAAAGUGGCUGUGACAGGAAGAAGGAAACCGGCUAGUGGUCUGUCGUCUUUACGAGUGCAUUUCUUGUGGAACAAAGGAAAGAAUUGUUGAUUCAUAUAAUGGAUCCAACCGCAUCAAUGCCACAUGUAAAACAGUUAUUUCAAGCUGGACAUACACAUGUUCAAACCAGUCAAAUCCAUAAAAAAAUGUUUAUGGAUCAGUAUAAAUCCAAAUGUGCACAAAAGCUGAUGUGGUUAAAGGUUCAAGAGGACAAAGAAGUUUGGACUUGCAAGUUAUAAUUGGAAAUGACUAAGGAACUAACCGAGUUAAUCCUCAACUUGAAAGCAAUCAGUAUAAUCUGUGAUAGCUGUUUCAGCACAAAUCUUACUUGACGGACGCGCAUUCUAUAAUAGAAGCAUCUGAUCUCAGUAUUUAAUGUGAAAGUUUGUAAUGUUUUGAUUCAGUUUAGAGUAACAAGAGCAGGCCGAUUCUUGUUUGAUGACAGAAAAUUAUGACUCAAUGGUAAAUGGUUGUAAACGAGGUUUGCAGAGACGUUGUUAUAUUGGGUGAAGAAAAUCUUGUAGCUAGUAAUGUGAGGACCACAAAACACACUCAAGUAUUGUAUUGUACAUGUGAUGUGUUAGAGUCAUUGGGAAGAAAACGUUUUUACAUCUCACCAUGGUAAUCCAGGAAAUGCUUGGGCACUUGGAGUGUUGCAAUCCCUUUCCCAUCAUGCCAUUGAUCAGAUGUCUGUGCCUGGUCUACAACUGCUAACCGACUGGCAAUCAGGAUCAAGAAACUCCUGCCAGUUGGGAAAAACAAACCAAGAAGACCAACUCUGACUCUUGAGUCUCACUGUUAAUUUAUUCAUGUGUUCAUCUGAUGCUGCAGCUAUUUAUUGUAUGUAUUUAUUUAUUGGGUAGCUAAAUAUUACCAUCUGUGCACUUGCAUAGUUUGGCCUACAGUUUUUACGGUUAUUAGAAAGACAUUGUUGACAUUUCACUUUUUGUUACUAUCAUGUGAAACAAAAAAGAUGGAAUGUUUGGACUUGACUAUUGGACUACUGUGCCUUUUACCAAAUAGGAUGUGUUCAAAUACAGAAAAACAUUUGGUGCUCGCAAACUGCGUUGAGAUUGUUAGCAACUCACAAAACCAGUGUACACUUGAUCUUGAAUGCGUAAAUGUGUUCUUCAUUGUCUUACAUUUUUAAGAAUACACGGCGCCAAAACCAACUACAGAACAAAGCUAUUUACUGCUUAAAAAAACAGUGUCCAGGUCUAGUAUUCAAACUACUCACAUGUCCAGCUAACACACAACAACAACCGUGAACACUUUGCCACGUUGGAAUGAGAGCUGGCUUCCUUUGAAGCUUUUAUUCCAGGUGUUGUCCGUGGAGGAACAGACUGAGCUGCACUUAAUAAUGGUGCGCUUGAAAACUUGAAACAAAACAAAGGAAAUAUAAAUGCUAGGGAGGAAGUCUUUUUUUGCACCACCCUCCACCGCUGCUACUGUUAUUCCAGCUCUAACUUUUAGAUCCUUCGUAGAAAAAUCGUCAAAUAAUUUACAAUGUUCUCAGAAUAUUUUGAAAUAUUGGAAAGGUUUAUCAAUGGGAUUGCAUUUACCUGCAACAUGUAUUGUAAAUAUAUAAAAGUAUGAUAUUUUUAAAAUUGGCUUAAGUAGUUUAUCCACUAAUUAUGAUAAUUAAAAAAAACAAUCACAAACCGAUCAGACUCAACCAACAUGUGCACACUGAGCCACUUGCAGUCAUUGAGCUACUGUCUGUGCUUUAGGGGUAAGGAGAGCACAAACCCCCCAUCAAAGAUCGAGAUCCAAGACCGGGGUGUCGUCUUCCACCUCCCUCCUGUUUUAUUACUGUACGGUUGUGGUAUGUCUGACGAAACAAUUGCACUUACUAUUAUUCACUGUCUACAAUCUUUUUUUUUUCCAAGUAUGUUUUCUACUGCAGCGACCAUAGCCGAUUGGUCAGAAAUAAUGAUGUCUUGUUUAUUUUAGCUGCCUUCUUAUUACAUGGCAUAAGCUAACUGUAAAGGCUUACCACUUGUGUUCCCUCCCCCACUCUACUGCACUUGUCUGCCCUUGUCCCAUCUCCUUCAUCCCACAUUUACCGUCUCCUCAAUCUCUCUUUUUCUCAUUUUUACACAUUUCCCUCCAAGCUUUUAUAUAUGAUUAAUUACAUGACAUUUUUUUAAAUAAAUUGCAUUUUCAAAAGCAA